AUGGAAAACUUGAAUCUAAAACACCGGGUUAUCCUAGGAUAUCCUGAUUUAAAUAAUUCCGGGGUUCGUGUGGUAUCAGGAGUUGAAGAAGGGUGUAUUACCGAGUUCGAUACUCACAUAUAUAAAUAUAAUGAUAGUAACAAUGUCAACGACGACGCAAGUAGUAUUAUUCCCUUGAAUGUUACUAAUACCGAGGAUGUUGAGUAUUUCACGACUUUCUUGGCAAUCAACAAACUGCCACCACCAACAAAAACGGCUCUUUUCAUAAAUUCAUUAAUCACACUUUUCUGCAUGCAUGAAGUAUCGGAAGUGAUCAUCGUGGCUUCUUUGAAUUUUUCGGAAAGAGAAGAGUUUGUAUAUUUGGGUUGUUUGUCAAGAAUAAUAAAAACACUAUCCCCAACUGCAAAACUACAAGAUCAUUUUUUCAAUACGUUCAUCACCUUGUUGAAAGUGGAAUACAUUCAAACAAGAUGCUUGUUGUAUCCAGGAAAACGGACCGAUGGCAGACACGCUAGCGAUAAUUCUUAUGAGAUCGGAAUACUGAAACACUUGGUUGAAGGUUUAAGGAAAUUAUUACGUGACGAUUCGAUAAUUUCAAUGGACAAAGUUUUGAACAUAACGUUACCACCACAAAAAUCGGCUGAGAAGGAUCCGGAAGAAAAAGAAAGGUUCGACACGAUUUAUAUGUGA